GAGACAACUUAAAUGGGUAUUGAGAUCCGCCCAAAAACCUCUCAAAGAGUCGAAAGACCAAGACAAGCGCACAGAAGAGGGAGGGCGAGGAAGAAGCGAUGAAGGAGACGGCGAAGAUGAACGCCAUGAGAUCUGGUUUGGUUGUGAUCGGAGCCUUAGCCUUCGGAUACUUGACUCUGCAACUCGGUCUCAAGCCCUUCCUCCAGAGAGCAGAGGCCCAGCAACAGAAACUCUUCUUCUCCGACGACGAUUCCUCAAACUCCGACCGAUCGACGCCGUAAGCUGUGUUUCCCCAUUUCCCCGCUCCUACAAAACUCCAUUAAUGUACCCGAAUGCUCAUAACAAUUUUGAUUUUUUCUGCCUUCCUUUCACUUUUUGAAUCGCUUCUUUCUGUGUUCUUCUUCUAGAUCUGAUGCUGUGAUUCGAUAGCGGUUGUUGAUUCAUUUUGGAUUGAAUUUUGAUUUCUUGAUUGAAUUUGGAGACUAAUGUCAAGCGUUAAGAAGGUGAUUGGAUCAAGAAUGGGGCGGAAAUAUGAGUGGGUAUGCAUCUUCCUUUGCUUGUUGAGCAUAGGGAUGAAGAUUGAAGGCAUGGUCAAUGUCACCUUAACUGUCGUUGAUUCUGCUUUAUCUACGGGAGCAGUUUGUUUGGACGGGAGUGCCCCUGGAUUUUACUAUGACAUGGGAUAUGGCGAGGGAGCCAAUAAUUGGGUUAUUUUCUUUGAGGCUACAGGCGGAACAUAUAGAGGCGCAAGAAUAUUUGAUGCAUUAAUGACUUACUUUCAGUCGCAAGGAAUGAAAGAUGCUAAAAAUGCCAUCCUAGCGGGCAACUCCGCCGGGGGAUUAGCGACGAUGAUCCACUGCGACCGUUUUCGCGCGCUCUUCCCAAGCACAACGAGAGUGAAGUGUCUUGCUGAUUCUGCCUACUUUAUUAAUGACGAUCAAUUUCAAGGAGACAAAAUAUUCCAAUCAAGCUUCGAUUUUUUGGUCAAUUCAAUGGGAUCGGCUAAAUCGUUGCCGCAAGAAUGCACUUCAAAAAUGCAACCUUCAUUGUGUUUCUUCCCUCAAAAUAUAAUACAAUACGUUAAGACGCCCAUCUUCAUAGUCAUGUCAGCAUUUGAUCAAAUUCAGUUAAGGUAUGGCUUGUCACAACAACCAUAUGAGCAAUGCGCUAUACAUAACAAUUGCUCUCCCACAGAGUUAAAAACCAUCCAAGAUCUAAGAAUGCACUUUUUAAAUUUACUGCCAAAAGGGGACUCCCAAUCAAUUGGAAUUUGGGUGCCUAAUUGUGUGAGCCAUGAAUUCACAUACUUCUCAUGGUAUGGUCCAAAUAAAAUCAGAGUCCUCGGAGACAAGACUUAUGCAGAAGUAUUCGGUGAUUGGUACUUUGAUCGGGCCACAAGCCCAAUUCGAGCAAUUGACAAGUCGGACAAGCCCAUUGACUGCACCGCAUAUGGGCAACACCCACGAUUAUGAUUCGGUUCUAGCUCAAAAUCUCCCUGUUAAAUUACUACUUACAUUAUGUUGAUUAUAUGUACAUUAUUAAAAGAUCCAUAAUCUUCUAUUGGCAUUAAAUCUAAAGAUGUACAUAAAUACUUUCGAUCAAU